AACCGUGAGUGAUUUGUGCCGGUUUUUUGGAAGAAAAUGUCGCGCGUAGACCUUUCCACGCUCCAGCGACUGCAGGCGGUCGCUGGCCAUGUGCGUAAUAUCUGCAUCCUGGCACACGUAGACCAUGGCAAGACGACACUGGCGGACAGUUUGAUCGCCAGCAACGGGAUUAUCUCGGCCCGGUUGGCCGGGAAGCUGCGUUACAUGGACAGCCGACCCGAUGAACAGGAACGCCAGAUUACGAUGAAGAGUAGCAGUAUUACGCUGCUCUACCGGGAGCUGGGGCCACCGGAGCAGGACUAUCUGAUCAAUUUGAUCGACUCACCCGGACAUGUCGAUUUCAGCAGCGAAGUUUCGACCGCCAUACGGCUUUGCGAUGGAGCGAUCAUCGUGGUGGACGUGGUGGAAGGUGUGUGUCCACAGACACGCGUUUGUCUGCAGCAGGCAUACCGGGAGCAGCUUUCGACGGUGUUGCUGCUGAACAAGAUCGAUCGUUUGGUGCUGGAGAAGCGCAUGGAUCCGCCCGAGGCGUAUGGGCAUCUGGUAAAGGUGCUGGAACAGGUGAACGCGGUUGUAGGAAAUCUGUUCGCAACGGAUGUGCUGGCAAGGGAGGAGAUCAGCGCCACUGGCAAUCAAACGUCCGCCCUGGAAGAUGCCGAUGAUUCCGUUCUGUACUAUAGCCCUCAGCAGGGGAACGUGCUGUUCGGAUCCGCACUCGAUGGUUGGGCAUUCGAUUUGGCAACGUUCGCGCGGUUAUACCAAGGGAAACUGGAAGGAGUUACCGAUUCAUCUGCUCUCCUGGAAGGUCUGUGGGGCGAUUAUUUCUACAGCCCACGGCGGAAAGCGAUAGAGAGUGGCGCCGCGGAAAAAGGACGCAAACCUUUGUUCGUGCAGCUUGUGUUGGACAAUCUGUGGAACAUUUACGGACUUGUGGAGGCCCGUGAUGAAUCCAAGCUACGGUCGAUCUCGGAACGUUGUGGUGUGGUCCAGAAUGCACGUGACCUACGGCAUGCAGAUGGCCGUGUUCCUGUGAGGAAUCUACUAUCCGGCUGGCUGCCCAUCGAACGAUCUCUGCUCGGAGCAAUAUGCAGUGUUGUACCGAACCCAAGGGGGAUUAGUGAGGCAAAGGCAGAAAGAUUACUUUGCUCGCGAUUGUCCGAUUUUGCCUCGUAUCCGGAACAGACGAAGGAAUUGAAGAGUGACAUAAUGCGAUGCGAUCCCACCAGUGACCGGUUGAUCGUUUUCGUAUCGAAAAUGUUUCCUAUCGAACAGGGCGCUAUGGCAGGAGCGAAGGAUACGCUCGAACGAUUGGUGAAGAACCUCUCGCUGACCGGCGACGGUGAUACAAUGGCGGGCGAAAGUGAGAUCUUUUUGGCCUUUGCACGAGUCUACAGUGGGACACUCCGCAGAGGAGCACGUGUGUUUGUACUAGGGCCAAAGUACGAUCCGCGAACGAUGGCGGAUGAUCCGGAUAUAUCGGCCAACCCUCAUCUGGUGGAGGUUGAGAUCGACAGUUUGUUCGUGCUGAUGGGCCGUCAGCUAGAGCCGGUAGAGAGUGUGCCGGCAGGUAACAUCGUUGGGAUAGGAGGGCUACAGAAUGUGGUACUUAAAACGGCAACACUCAGCAGUACACGCUUCUGUCCUCCCUUCGUUGAUCUACCGCUGAUCGCGACACCGAUACUACGAGUGGCGGUCGAGCCACGUGAUAUUCAAAAUAUGCCCCGAUUGGUACGUGGAUUGAAGCUGUUGAAUCAAGCGGAUGCCUGCGUUGAGGUGCGUGUCCAGGAAAGUGGCGAACACGUGCUAUUGACGCUUGGCGAAGUGCAUCUCGAAAGGUGCAUUAAGGAUCUUCACGAAACGUAUGCGCGUAUCGAGCUGAAUGUUUCGAAACCGAUCGUACCGUUCAAGGAGACCAUCGUUCCAUUCGUGCCAACGUCGGAGGAGAAUCCGGAAGAAGAAAUUGCUAAAGAUCGCGAGAAAGACAAAACGGUAACACUGCAGACGCCUAAUCGACAGUGUACGAUGAAGCUGGUAGCGGUUCCACUGCCGGCAGAAGUCAUCCAGCUGCUGAACGAGAACGAAAACGUGCUAAAGGCUUACUUCCAGUAUCAGGACACGAAACAAUCGGACUGUCCCCAAGCAUUGCUCGAUUCGAUCGUGGAGUUGCGCACGAAACUUAAGCAACUACUUCCGGAGAGCGUACCAUACGAUCGCAUUUGGUCGUUUGGUCCGAAAAAGUGUGGUACAAAUUUGCUCGUAAAUCGAACGGAUUUUGUACAUUCAUCCGUGUGGCAUGAUGCGGCGGUUCCGUUGAACGAAGCGGACCAGAAGGAUCCCAGGAUGCCCUACGAAUCGGCGUUCUUGAAUGGCUUUCAAAUGGCGAGCCUUGCCGGACCGCUCUGUGAUGAACCGAUGCAGGGUGUGUGCUUCAUUGUGGAACGUUGGGAGCUAGAUAUGACUAUUGGCGUUGAUGUGGCCACCGUUGCAUCCCAUGGACCACUUUCUGGUCAAAUCAUGUCCGCUGUUAAGGAAGGAUGCAAGAAAGCGUUUCAAAAUCAACCGCAACGGCUCGUACACCCUAUGUACAGCUGCAAUAUUACUGUGAACUCGGAUGUGCUUGGUAAGCUGUACGCCGUGAUCGGAAGGAGGCAUGGACGGAUCCAGUCGGCUGAUUUGAUCGAGGGCAGUGGCCAGUUCGACGUGACGGCCGUCAUACCGGUGAUCGAGUCGUUUAACUUCGCCACCGAGAUACGCAAACAAACGUCGGGGCUUGCGAUGCCCCAGCUGGUGUUCAGCCACUGGGAAACGGUCGAUAUCGAUCCGCACUGGGUACCGUCGACCGAGGAGGAAUAUCUGCAGUACGGCGAAAAGGCUGACUUCACCAACAUCGCCCGGGUGUACAUGGAUUCGAUACGCGAGCGAAAGGGACUGCCGGUGGAGAAGAAGCUGGUCGAGUUUGCCGAAAAACAGCGAACACUCUCCAAGAAUAAGUAAUCCGUUGUCAAAAGCGGAAGAUACGAUCAUGUUGAAGAUGCUUUUUUUUAUGAAUUCAAGAUGACCUGUUUAAUGCGAUCGGUUAGCAGGA